AUCCUUGUCAUAAUAAUAAUUGAUUUUGAUUAUCGUGAAAUAGUGACCACUCUUCAAUCUUGUGUAAAAGAAUUUCGCGGAUUCCAUAAUGUUCAGCAGUGCAAUGAAAGAUACCCCCUUGGAAUAUUCAAAAAAUAGAUUCUCCAGAGAUGAUAGAGACAAUUCUAGCCGAAGUCCUUCUGACAAAAAGUACAGAGGAUCCGGUCGCAGUAGUAGAGACAGGCAUGACACCGAAAAAUCUUGUGAUUCAGAUUCAAACAUAUCUAAUACCCAGGAAGUCAUGCAGAUACCUAAUGGGCCUGCUCUGGGGCCUUCCAGUUUGUGGGGAGGAAUGAUGGGUAUGGGUUACCCCAUGGUGAGCAUGAACAUGCUCAUGGAUCCUACCAACAUGAUGCCUGCUGCUACUGCUGCCAUGAAUAAUUACAAUAUAUUACCUCCUCUGUUAGCCCCUAACAACCCUUCAGACCCCAACAUACUACCCCCUGAAUCAUCUCUAACCAGUAUGAUGAUGGGACCAGUGAAAGAAAUUAUUCAUUGCAAGUCAUGUACUCUGUUUCCUCCCAAUCCUAAUGCCCCAAUGCCCACAACUAGAGAAAGGCCCCCAGGGUGUAGGACUGUUUUUGUGGGGGGGCUACCUGAGAAUAUGACAGAGGAAAUCAUAAUGGAGAUAUUUGAGAGGUGUGGAGAAAUUACCACUCUUCGUUUGAGUAAGAAGAACUUCUGCUAUAUGAGGUUUGUGUAUGAACCUUCAGUAGAUGCUGCAAUAUUUCUGUCAGGUUAUAGAGUCAGAAUUGGAUCUAAUGCUGAUGGAGCCAAUACGGGAAGGCUUCAUGUUGAUUAUGCACAUGCAAGAGAUGAUCAGUAUGAAUGGGAAUGCAGACAAAGACAACUGCAGAGAGAACAAAGACACCGUGAAAGGAUGGAAGAAGAGAGGCUCAGGCCUCCUUCUCCACCCCCUGUUGUUCAUUAUACUGAUCAUGAAGCCUCUGCAGUGUCCGAAAAAAUCAAGCAGGACGAUACGUUCACCAAAGCUGUACAAGUCGUUAUAACUUGGUUGGAAAGAGGGGAUUGCAACAAACGCAAUUCCAACAAUUUCUACUCUAUGAUCCAAUCGACGAAUUCCCAUGUUAGAAGACUGCUUACUGAGAAGACCCAGUAUGAGGAGGAGAUGCGCAAAGCCAGAGAAAUAAUGCGGGGAAGGAUGCAAGGCAUACUGUUGCAAUUCGGUCAAAUUGAGAGAUUGUUCUUGGCGGCCUGUCACAAGAAGGUCUGGGACCAUUUCACCAAGGCUCAGAGAAAGAACAUAGAGACUUGGAAAAGGCAGUCAUUGCAAAUAAAGACUAUCCAACUUGAUGAUUCGCCAACAGAAAGAGAUGACGAUGAAAUGGAUGUAUCUGAUGAUGAUGAACCAUCAAAAAAGAAACAGAAAUAUGACGCCUGUAGCGAAGAAAGGCACAAUUUGAGAGAGGAGAAUGAUAGUCUCAAGUGUCAAGUGGAAGCAUAUAAAAACGAGGUCGACAUUCUGAAAAUAGACUACAAAAAAGACAUGGAGGAUAAAGACAAGCAAUUCAAGAUGCUGCAGCAAACCCUGCAAGGGAUGCAGCAGCAACUGGUCGACGCCAAAAAGCAAAAAAGCGAAGAACAAUCCAAAGUCAAAGAUCUGCAAGCCAAACUCAGAAUGGAAAAAAACCGGAACGACCACAGCGAUAGAGACGUCGUCAUAAUCGAUCACAGCGAUAACGAACAAUCAGAUUGCGUCAGUGUGACGGAAACAAUAAGUGAUUCGGCGGCGAUUCUGGGCGAACGUCAGGCCAAAUUGGUGGGGAUAAUUUCGGCCUUUCUGAAUGUCCAUCCGUUCGGGGCAGGGCUGGAUUAUAUUUGGUCGUAUGUGAGCAAGAUCGAGCCGAACCUGAGGACGGCCGAGAUCGAAACGUUGAUGAGCAGGUUUCCUGCUGUUUUCAAGCAGGAGUUGGUGGGUAUCGGGGCUAAUAUCGAGCGGAGGUGGAUGUUCAAUGCGUUUAGUUCGUCGAGCGGAGAUAAGGAUUAGAAGUAGGUUAUUGGUUUUGUAUUUUUUUUCCAGUGGAAAGGAGUUGUUUAUUUGUAGCCGAUUGUUUAAUAAAUUAUUGUAUAUUGACAGAU